AUGAAUUCAAAGUUGAAUCAAUUUACUCCAAGAAAACAAUUAGCAACUAAAGCAGCAAGAAAAAGUGCACCAACAGCUGGUGGACCACAUCGAUACAGACCAGGAACUGUAGCACUCAGAGAAAUUAGACGUUAUCAAAAAAGUACCGAAUUAUUAAUUCGUAAAUUACCUUUCCAAAGGCUUGUUCGAGAAAUUGCUCAAGAUUUCAAAACCGACUUACGAUUCCAAAGUUCAGCUAUCGGAGCACUUCAAGAAGCCGCUGAAGCUUAUUUAGUUGCCUUAUUUGAAGAUACUAAUUUGGCUGCCAUUCAUGCUAAACGUGUCACCAUUCAACCAAAAGAUAUUCAACUUGCACGUCGUCUUCGUGGUGAACGAUCUUAA